UUCAUCCUCUGACUGAGGAAGUGAAUUUCCAACAACCACAGUGACAGUGUUCCCUUACUCCAUCAGUCUCUGAACCCGCACCUAGUUCACGAAAUAAAAAAACCCAGUCCCUUCAACCCUCUUCCUCAUCCUUAACCAAGGGCACUGGAGAGGGGUAGAGACUUCCCCAAUCCACUCCCCCUCUCUCCCUGCGGUAGGGAAAGACUCCCCUGACUCUCCCUUAAGCAGUGAAAUGGGGAUGACAGAGACAGAGUGGACGGAGGCGAUAAUGUUCCAGCUCUCGGUCCAGGGCAGUCAGGCAGUGAAAUUUAUUGCACUCCAAGGGCUCUCAUUCUGCUUUGUCACUGGAUUUUAUUCAGCCUGGCGCUCAGUCACUUGCUCCGUCCAGUUGUUGACUGACCGACCAGCCAUUUAGUCCAGCCGACAGUGGGCAUGUCUCCCGGUUCGUCUCCCUAACUAGCCCCCUCACCCUCACCAGAGAAACACACUGGCAAAAUAUGUUUUGUGAAGAUUCAGUCCCAACGUGGACCACUAAAGAGGCAACGGACAAUUGGCCGCUGAGCUGGCAGAUAUCUCCAUCCCCAGGGAUGCCAGUCGCCUGAUAGUUCAGCUAGGCCCAGGCUUCAUCACUGAACCAAGGGGUUAACUCCAUUGAGUCACAUGGAACAUCACAUUUAGACCCUGAAGGGGGUGAGGAGACGUACAACUGAUCUCUCGCCCAAAUUGAAAACAUUUUUACAGGGCUAUAUGUCUUAAGGGCAUUACCUAAACAGAAACUUUCCCAGCAUAUAGAAUUAUUGACAUAACUUUGAGGCUGUGGAGGUGUUGGGGGCACCCUCUGCCUUUCGGUGUUCAAGAGAAGACCACAGCUUGGUUUCCUCUGAUUAACCUCCCUGUACCUUUUGACACUUUGGCUUAUUUGUGUGGUAAAACACUGUCAGUUGAAUCCUAAGCGCUGGUGAAUAAAGAAUUUAUCCUGAUAGAAGCUUACAAAAUUAUAAGAGGCAUGGAGACAAUGAAUAGUAAGGGAGCCUUUUUCUCAGGGUAGAAAUGUUAAUUACUGCUGGAACAUACAUUUAAAGUAAAAGGGGGAAAGGUUAAAAGAGAUGUGAGAGGCAAGUUUUUUUUAAUACUGCGUGGUAAAUGCCUGGAAUGCACUGACAGAGGAGGUGACAGAGGCAGAUGUAAGAGCAAGAUUGAAGAGUCAGCUUAACAAAUAUUUGGAAAGACAGUGAACAGACGGAUGUGAACCACAUGCAAGCGAAAGGUUUUUAGCUUAGAAAGGUAUCAUGUGUGGGAGUAGACUUGGUGAACUGAGGGGCCUGUUCCUGAGCUGUGCUGUUCUUCUUUGACAUUUUGGUGAUGGUCAGGAAAAUAUCAGUCUUGACUGUUCAGAAGGAGAGGGCUCAAUGACUGAGGUGUAAGAGGGACUGGAUACUGAUGAGCUCUUUGCUGUCCUACAGCACCAAACUGAGGUACUAUCUGCUCCAACACUCACUCUUCUCAGCCUGCCACAGUCCUUGCAUCUUCAGGCUGUCUCUUGGAACAAAUUCCAUGCCACACAGUUUUAGACCCUCCCAGCCACAUCCAGUUACUGCCCCUAUGGUUACACCCUCAAAAAGGGAAGGCAUCCCCAGUAGUAUUAUCACUAGAUCUAUUAAUCCAGAAACUCAGCUAGUGUUCUGGAGACCCAUGUUUGUAUUAGAUGGCAGAUGGUGGAAUUUGAAUUCAAUAAAACAUCUGAAAAUAAGAGUAUAACAAUCACUGUGAAACCACUGCUGAUUGUUUUUUUUUUUGACAAUCUGGUCCACUGAAGACCUUCAGGCCUGAAGGUGACUCCACACCCACUGCAAAUCGAGCCUCUCAAUAUUAAUAAUCACUAUGAAGUCUACAAAGAAACGAAACCACCACCUGACACUGACCUAGCAAUCGGAAAAGGCAAAUAAGAGCCCUGUCAGCCCUGCAAAGCCUUCCUUACUAACAUCUAAUGAUUAAUCCAAAAUUGGGAGAGAUGUCUCAUAGACUGGUCAAGCAAUGGUCUGACAGUCAUACUCUCAAUGUCUCAGACACCAGCAUCACCAUCAUUGGAAAUAUCCUGUCCCACCAGCAGGACAAGCCCAGCAGAGAUGGCAUACUAUUGAAAGAGAAUUGCACUAGAAGACUUCAACAUUGACUCUGUACCCCAGGAAGUCUCAUAGCGUCAGAUCAAACAUGAACAAAGAAUCCUCUUGCUGAUUAUAAUGCACUCUGAAUUCUCCCAUUUCCCCAAUGUCCACCACCAAGAGUGGCUUGGCAGCACUGUUACUGUUGGAGCUGGUCAGGUCCUAAAGGACUUCACUACUCAUCUGGAUCUGUGGCAGGUGGACCAACAAGAGGGAAAAGCAUUCUUGACUUCAUCCUUACCAACCUGCUGGCUGUAGACAUUUUUGUCCAUGAACAUAUCAGUAAGGGAAACAAAGUUGCAUCUUUACAGUGAGAAUAUUCUCCAUUGUUUUGUGUGCUAAAUUGGACAGACUUUGAACAGAUGUAGAAACUCAAGACUGGGCAUCCAUGGGGCAUUGUGAGCCAUCAACAGCAGCAAAAUUGUGCUCCAGCACAAUUUGCAACCUCAUGGCCUGGUGUUUACCCCACUCAACCAUUAUCAUCAAACUGAGGGUUCAAUCCUGGUUCAAUGGAGAAGGCAGGACAGCAUGCCAACAACAGUAGUAUGCACACCUAAAAAUCAGGUGUCUACCUGGUUAAGCUACCAAACAGGACUACUAGCAUGCCAAGUAGCAUAAGCCACAAGUUUUCAACGAAGCUAAAUUCAUUCCACAACGACCAGAUCAGAUUCAAGCGCUGCAGUUAUCCUACAUCCGGUUGUGAAUAAUGGUGGACAAUGAAACAACUAAUUGGAGGAGAAGGCUCCACAAAUAUCCACAAAGACUAUAGGCCCUGACAAAAUUCCAACAAUCACACAGAAAACUUGCGCUCCAGAAGUUGCCACACCCCUAGCCAAGCUGUUCCAGUACACCUAUAAUACUGGCAUCUAGCCACAAUGUGGAAAAUUUCCCAGACCCGUCCAUAACAACCUGCGGCACCAGUCUAGGCUGGGCUCGCUUUACCAACUAGAGAUUUAACCUGGAAGAUUCCAGCAGCUUUGUAUUGCAGCAGGUAUGAUCACCCUGACGGAGCUUGCAUCUCUGUCUGACACUCAGCCUACUCAUCGUCUUCUCAAACCCUGGUGGGAUGUUUUGAUGGACUAUUUGGUGGUUGUCAUGCUAAUGGUGUCCCUCCUCUCUGUAACCCUGCUCAUUUCCCAAGACAAGGUCGUAUGUCUUCCCUGUGACCACGUACGGAGUCUGAAUGGCACAUCUCGGAGUUCCGCCAUGGGCACUGUGGCCCAACCACAUCGCCCUCCUGAAAGAUCUGAGACAGCUGACUGUGGCAGCAGGCCCUCGUCAGGAGCCCAGGGAGAAUAUUCGGGCCCAACUAAAACCAAAUCACCACCUCCUGCACGCCUGCUGAGAGCCGGAGGCUACAAGACAAACCUGGACUUCCAGCAGUAUGUCUACAUCAGCCAAGUAUGUUACCAGAAAGCACUACCCUGGUACUCUAAGUACUUCCCGUACAUAGCCUUUGUCCACACUAUCAUUCUGCUGGUUAGUGGGAACUUCUGGUUCAAAUUUCCAAAGACUUCCUCCAAAGUCGAGCACUUUGUCUCAAUCCUGGGAAAGUGCUUUGAGUCACCGUGGACCACCAAAGCGGUCUCUGAGACCGCCAAUGAGGACUCAGAAAACAGUCAGAAUCGGACAAAAAUGUUCAAGUCUGCAACCCUGGAGCCCAGCGAUACUUCUGACACCAGUUCCUCUUUGACUUCCUAUCCUGAGGUGACUUUUGAACCCCCAGUCAGUGGUUCGCCAUCUAUGAACAUCUUGGACAAGCAAGAUGGUGAGCAGGCCAAGGCUCUCUUUGAGAAGGUGCGCAGGUUCCGAGCCCACACAGAGGAUGGAGACCUGAUCUACAAGUUCUAUGUUGGCCAGACCGUGGUGAAGGCCCUCAAGUUCCUUGUCAUCCUGUGCUACACCUUCACCUUUGUCAACUCUAUCACCUUUGAGCAUGUCUGCAAGCCCAAGAUUAAAAAUGUCACUGGCUACUCGGCGUUUUUCUGCACUCACAGCAUGGCCUACAUGCUGAAGAAGCUGCUUAUCAGCUAUAUCAUCCUGAUUGCCCUCUAUGGGCUGGUGUGCCUUUAUACCUUGUUCUGGCUUUUCCGAGGGUCUCUGAAGGAGUAUUCCUUUGAGAAGGUGCGCGAAGAAAGCAAUUUCAGCGACAUUCCUGAUGUGAAAAAUGACUUUGCCUUCCUCCUGCACAUGGUCGAUCAGUACGACCAGCUCUACUCCAAACGGUUUGCCAUCUUCUUGUCUGAGGGCUGCGAGAGCAAACUGCUAGAGAUGAACCUAAACCAUGAGUGGACAUAUGAGAAGCUGAGGCAACAUGUUUCAAAAAACAUGCAGGGUAAGCUGGAGCUGCAACUUUUCAUGCUGUCAGGCAUUCCGAAAGCAGUCUUCGACAUGAAUGAUCUGGAGGUGCUGAAACUGGAACUGAUCCCAGAUGUCCGACUGCCUGCAAAGAUUUCCCAAAUGGUGGCUCUGAGAGAACUCUAUCUUUACCACUGUCCUGCAAAGGUGGACCAAAUUGCUUUCAACUUCCUACGGGACCACCUUCAUAUCUUGCACAUCAAGUUCACUGAUAUUGGAGAGAUUCCCCUCUGGGUGUAUUCGCUUAAGAACCUAGUUGAGCUGCAUCUAUCAGGUAAUCUCAACUCUGAGACUAAUAAAGCCAUUGGCCUGGAGUCCCUUAAGGAGCUGCGGCAUCUCAAAAUUUUGAUAAUCAAGAGCAACCUCUCUAAAAUCCCCUCAAAUGUCAUGGAGCUUGCCACACACUUGUCCAGGCUGGUCAUUCAAAAUGAUGGUACCAAGCUCCUGGUCCUGAACAACCUGAAGAAGCUAGCCAGCCUCUCUGAGCUGGAACUUCAGAACUGUGAACUCGGGAGAAUUCCACAUGCCAUUUUCAGCCUCACCAGCCUUCAAAAAUUGGACCUGAAAGCCAAUAACAUUCAGAGCAUUGAGGAGAUCAUUAGCUUCCAGCAUCUCAAGAGGCUCUCCUGCCUCAAACUAUGGCAUAACAACAUCUCAUGUAUCCCCACCACCAUCAGCCUCAUUAAAAAUCUCGAGCAGUUAUACCUUUCCAACAACAAGCUGGAAUCCUUGCCUGCUGCUCUCUUUACCCUGAGGAAGCUACGACACCUCGAUCUCAGCCACAACCUGCUCACUGCUGUGCCUCCCGACAUUCAUCUGCUCCAGAACCUGCAGCAUUUCUCCAUCACCAAGAAUAAAGUGGAGACACUGUCUCUCCAGCUCUUCCACUGCUUGAAGCUGAGAUCUUUACACCUGGGCCAGAACUGUAUCACACAUAUCCCACCUGAGAUCGGACAGUUAACUCAACUCACCUACUUGGAGCUGAAAGGAAAUCAUUUGGAGAGGAUUCCACCUGAGAUUGGCAAUUGUCUGUUACUCAAGAAAAACAGUCUUAUCGUGGAAGACCUUCUGUUUGAUCAUCUCCCCACUGAGGUCAAAGAGCACUUCGCUGAACAAGACUUUACCUCCAUUGUUUAAUGUGUUGCCCUGGAGUUAGCCUCCUAUCAGUGGGCCCACAUGUUGUAGCUCCCUGUGUUGUACCAGGAGAGGCCUUACAGUGAGUCAGGCUCCUCUUAGAGUUCUCUCUAGCACAUCCUCAGGUCGGGUUACAAUACGAGUGUUAUCACUUAGAGAGCUUUAUACCUCCUGAAGUUCUCUCGAGUGGGUUUCAAUUGGUCUAAAACUGAAUUGGACUUGUAUUCAUGCUGGUGAUUAGAGCCAACAUUUACACAGAAGUUAUUUAGAGGUUUCAUUCUAGGAAUUAGUAGAGGCCUCUGUGUAUUAGUAGUCUGAGGCUGGAAUUAAUGUGUAUUAUUGGCAUACGGUCAGAAAAUUUUACCAACCCUUCAGACCAUGCCUAGGCUGGUAGGGGACAAGGGCGAUUCUAGCUCGGGGAGAAGCAUCCUGAUGGGGAGUGGAAAGGUUGGGGGAGAAAGGGAUUCCUAAUCCUAAAGAGAGGGUGUAGGGGGGUGAGGGGAAGGGGGAGAAAGGGGAUUCUGAUUCUGAGAAAGGGUGCAGGGAAGGAAAAGGGGAUGCUGAGGACAGGAUAGGUGGGGUGUGGGGGAGGAAUCCUGAUUCUGAGAAGGGAGGACAGGGAGGAAUCCAGACAAACCCGCCAUGGUCAUCAGUUUGAAGUGUAACUUCCCUCACUCACUCAUAGUCAAAAAGAAAUAAUACACAGAACAAAGCCAUUUGGCCCAUUGGAUCCAUGCUGGCUGUCUGGAAAGCACCCCAGUCUGUGUCAUUCCCCUGCUCUAUUCCUGUAGCUCUGUUAAGUUUAUUUUUGACAAGUUCCCAUCCAAUCUUCAUUAUCACUCUCUUACACCCUUACUCUCUCACUCUCGCUGUGCUCCCUCUUUGUCUCUGCUCUCUUUCUUUCUUUCGCUCCUCUUCCCCCAUCUCACUCAGGUCCCCAUUCCCCUCUUACUGUCCCUGUCUCCCUCCUCUUGCCAUUCUCCCCCUUCCCCCUUUUUCUCCCCCUCUCACCCUGUUGCCCCUCUCUAACUCCACACACACUUAAACUUCCAGAACUAUCAAGUCAUACUUCAAAAAUUAAAACCAGAAGCUGCUGGAAAGAUCCCUUUCUGUGCAAAGAGAAGCACCCAAGUGCGGUUUUCAUUCUUUUAUCAGAACUGGAAGUGAUUAGUGAUAAACAUGAAGAAACUGAAAAAGUAUCAGGAAUAUACACGCUCUGUCAUCUUGAAGUGGUCCCAUUUACUGUUGAAUGAUUCUGCUUCUGCCUUUUCAUUGAGAUCUCUAUUUGUGAAGCAGAAGAGCCCCAUGUCACUGCAGGAGAAAGGGGGAAUGCGGAGGGCCUGAAGAAACGGCAGUCAGGGAAGUGUGAGGGAGGGGCAAGAGGUGUGGAGUGAGG